CCGGCCGUCCGUACCAGUUAUUUUGACAUUAGCCCUUAGGGACCUUGGGGCAGCCCCACUCCCCAGCUCGCUCAAGUGCCCUUAAGGAUGCAGUCAGUGAUCAGGGAAUAGGGCUCUCCCUGCGGGAGGGGCACUGCCUGCGCUUCUGAACUCUGUGCAGAGGAAAAAAAAAAAAAAAAGAAAAGAAAAGAAACAACAAAACCCGAAAAACAUAACAAAACAAAAUCCCAGAAUGAUGUUGUCCGAGCAAGCCCAAAAGUGGUUUCCAACCCACGUGCAGGUCACAGUGCUCCAAGCUAAAGAUCUGAAGCCAAAAGGCAAAAGUGGCACCAAUGACACGUACACCAUAAUUCAGUUGGGCAAAGAAAAGUACUCUACAUCUGUAGCAGAGAAAACACUGGAGCCGGUCUGGAAGGAGGAGGCCUCCUUUGAGCUGCCUGGGUUGCUCAUGCAGGGCAAUCCAGAGAAAUACAUUCUUUUUCUUAUAGUGAUGCACAGGUCCCUAGUGGGACUGGACAAGUUUUUAGGGCAGGUGGCAAUCAAUCUCAAUGACAUCUUUGAGGAUAAACAAAGGAGGAAAACAGAGUGGUUUAGAUUAGAAUCCAAACAAGGAAAGAGAAUCAAAAACAGGGGUGAGAUAAAGGUCAAUAUUCAGUUUAUGAGAAACAAUAUGACAGCAAGUAUGUUUGACUUGUCAAUGAAGGAUAAGACAAGAUCGCCUUUUGCAAAAUUAAAAGAUAAGAUGAAAGGGAGAAAAAAUGACGGGACAUUUUCUGAUACAUCUUCUGCAAUCAUUCCAAGCACGCACAUGCCUGAUGCCAAUACUGAAUUUUCAAGCAGUGAAAUACAGAUGAAAUCCAAACCAAAAAAGCCUUUUCUUUUGGGUCCUCAGCGGCUCUCUUCUGCCCAUUCAAUGUCUGAUUUAACUGGGUCCCACUUACCUUCUGAAAAACUGAAGUCCAGUGCUGUAGGUCCAACACAUCUUCUCAGUCGCCAGAUAGAUUCCUUUGGAGUUGUUCCAGAAAGUGGAAGUCUCAAAUCUCCACACAGAAGAACACUAAGCUUUGAUACUUCUAAAUUGAACCAACCUGGCAGCAUUGUGGAUGAAGGCGAACCCUCUUUUGGAAGACAGAGUGACCCAUUUACAAAUGUGACUGCUUCAUUACCCCAAAAAUUUGCAACACUGCCACGGAAGAAAAAUCCAUUUGAAGAAAGCAGUGAGUCAUGGGACAGCAGCAUGAAUUUAUUUUCAAAACCAAUUGAAGUAAGGAAAGAAAAUAAGAGAGAGAAAAGAGAGAAAGUGAGCCUCUUUGAAAGAGUGACCGGGAAGAAAGAUAGCAGGCGAUCUGAGAAGCUUAACAAUGGGGGAUCUGAUAGCCCCUGUGACUUGAAAUCACCUAGUGCGUUUAAUGAAAAUCGGCAGGACUGUUUUGAUUAUGAGUCAACCAAUCCAUUUACAGCAAAAUUCAGGGCUUCAACUAUAAUGUCAUCUUCAAGUUUUCAUGUGAAUCCAACAAGCAGUGAAGACCUCAGGAAAGUCCCGGACAACAAUCCUUUCGAUGCCACGGCUGGGUACCGCAGUCUGACCUACGAAGAGGUGCUGCAGGAGCUGGUGAAGCACAAAGAACUUCUUCGGAGGAAGGACACCCACAUCCGGGAACUAGAGGACUACAUUGACAACCUCCUUGUCAGGGUGAUGGAGGAGACACCCAGCAUCCUGCGAGUGCCCUACGAGCCAUCCAGGAAAGCUGUAUACACCCAGGACUGCUUGUCACCAGGACCACCCCACCUCAGUGGCGAAGCUGCUUCAAUCCACUUCUGAUUUUUUGAACCCUGAUUUUUAGGGGAUUCACUACAUCCACCUCCAGCCUCCAACAUCACGCCCCCCCAAAAAGCCCUGUGCCCCAAAAUGUGAUGAUCUCAAGUUUUUUCAAGGAAUGACAAAAUUUAAGGCUCUUUAUUCUUUCCGCAGAAGCAUAGAUUCCUUCAACCAGUGCUCUGGUAUUUGAGUUUAUGGGAAGUAUAAGCAGGAGAUAGGCUAGGACAGUUUGUUCUACUGUGGAUCAUGAACAAAGACAACAACAAAGUUAUACUGAAAAUGAGCUGGGGGUGGGGGCUGGUCGUCCGUUGCCUGAUAACCCAAGGCAACGGCAAGUUCUAGGAAUGAAGGGCUUGGUUUCAAUUUCAUUAGUAGUAGAACAGAUGGUUGCCUUUGAACCCUGAGUCAGAAACUCACUGUGGCAGUGAGUGGUGAGAGCAGCCCUUCACCAGCAUCACAACACGGAGCACCCCACGUCCACCCUUGAGGAAUUGGUUUGUCACCAAAUUACGGGCUCUUUGUUUAAGCCCGCCUCCAUAGAAUGGUGGUUCCUCUGUGGAUUAGGUUUAUGUAUUUGUAGAAAAUUAUCCUAAAAUUUAAAGUGAAAAGCAAUGAGAUAAGAAUAUUGCUGAUCUUCUGCUGGUAUUUUAACCUUUCAGAUCUAAACACUCUGAAACAGACUGACUUUUUGAAUAGAGAAUGAAAAGACUGUCUGCAUACAGAGACUGAUGCUGAGGAUAUUCUCAAGCCCUAUAGUGAAUUGCAUUUUUCUGAUAUUUAUCUCUAGGAAGACUUCACUGAAAGUUAAAUGAAAGCAGAGAUUAUAGUUUUGCUGAUUUUCAUAUUUUUUAGUCACAAAAUCCCUUGUUACCUGUAUUUUCUGAGUUUCUGUGUUUUUCUAGAAAACAUGGGUUUUGAAGUGAAUUUUUUCCAAAUACAAACUUAGAUACUUUUCUAAAAUUAAAAUAGAGAAGGAAAAAUGGCCUUUUAAAAUCAAUUUUCCUUCCACUUAUAACUAAAGUGAUUCUGUAAUAAACUUCAAAGUCUACUGUA